UGUAUCGAGCACCCAUGAGUUCGCCGUCCAGGCUGUCUGGCUCCUGGGAACGUUCCAGAACCAGAGAGAACGCUCCGACGGCGACUUCAUAAGCCCCAUCUUUCCUCCUCCUCUCACUCCCUUCUCCAUGCGAAACCAAUUCUAACCCAUCAACAGCCGUUCUCCACCUCGUUCCCUCCUCCAUGGCCGAGGAAGCCAAAGCCAAGGGCAACGCUGCCUUCGCCGCCGGCCGCUUCGACGACGCCAUCCGCCACUUCUCCGAGGCCAUCGACCUCGCCCCCACCAACCACGUCCUCUACUCCAACCGCUCCGCUGCCUAUGCCUCCCUCCAGCGCUAUGAAGCCGCCCUCGCCGACGCCCGCAAGACCGUCGAGCUCAAGCCUGACUGGGCCAAGGGCUACGGCCGCCUCGGCGCCGCCCAUCUCGGCCUCGGCGACGCUGGCCAGGCCGUCUCCGCCUACGAGAAGGGCCUCGAGCUCGAUCCCGCCAACGAGGCCCUUAAGGUCGGCCUCUCCGACGCUCGGGCCACCGCCGCUCGGUCCCGGGCCCCCCCGCCGCAGGGGGCGUCCCCAUUCGGCAAGAUCUUCCAGGGGCCGGAACUGUGGGCGAAGCUGACGGCCGAUCCGACCACCAGAGAAUACCUUCAGCAGCCGGAUUUUGUCAAGAUGAUCCAGGAUAUCCAGAAGAACCCUAACAACAUCAACAUGUACCUUUCGGAUCCGAGGAUGAUGCAGGUGAUCGGGGUUCUUCUCAAUGUGAAAAUGAGGGGCCCCACUGAUGAGAUGGCGAGCGAAUCUCCCCAGCCAGAGCAGGAGAAACCACAGCCGGAGCCAGCGAAGAAGGCACCGCAACCGGAGCCAGAGCCGGAGCCCAUGGAGGUGCCGGAAGAGGCGAAGGAUGGUAAGGAGAGGAAGGCCAAAGCGCAGAAGGAGAAAGAGGCAGGCAAUGCUGCUUACAAGAAAAAAGAUUUUGAGACGGCAAUUCAGCAUUAUACUCGAGCAAUGGAGCUGGACGAUGGAGACAUCUCUUACCUCACUAAUAGAGCUGCUGUUUACCUGGAGAUGGGAAAGUAUGAAGAAUGCAUAAAGGAUUGUGAUAAAGCUGUUGAGCACGGCAGAGAGCUUCAUUCUGACUUCAAAAUGAUAGCAAGGGCAUUGACCAGGAAAGGGACUGCACUUGUUAAACUUGCCAAAUGCUCCAAGGACUAUGAACCUGCGAUCGAGACAUUCCAGAAGGCCCUGACCGAGCACCGUAACCCUGACACUUUGAAAAAGCUUAAUGAUGCUGAGAGGGCAAAGAAAGAAUUAGAGCAACAAGAAUAUUUUGAUCCAAACAUAGCCGAUGAGGAACGUGAGAAAGGCAAUGAGCUUUUCAAGCAGCAGAAGUAUCCAGAAGCAGUGCAGCAUUAUACGGAGGCCUUAAAGAGAAACCCAAAGGAUCCAAGGGUAUACAGCAACAGAGCUGCAUGCUACACGAAGCUGGGUGCUUUGCCUGAAGGUCUGAAAGAUGCAGAGAAGUGCAUCGAGUUAGAUCCAUCUUUUUCCAAAGGAUACACGAGGAAAGGUGCAAUCCAGUUCUUUAUGAAAGAAUAUGACAAAGCAUUAGAAACAUAUCAGGAGGGUUUGAAACAUGACCCUAACAAUCAGGAGCUGAUGGAUGGCAUCAGGAGUUGCGUCGAACAGAUUAAUAAAACAAACAGAGGGGAAAUCAGUGAAGAGGAAUUAAAAGAGAGACAGGCCAAGGCUAUGCAGGACCCGGAAAUACAAAAUAUUCUUACAGAUCCGGUUAUGCGACAGGUGUUGAUCGACUUCCAGGAGAACCCCAAGGCUGCACAGGAUCACCUCAAGAACCCUCAGGUGAUGCACAAGAUACAAAAGCUUGUGAGCGCAGGGAUUGUGCAAAUGAGGUAGAAGGUGAAGUUGUGGAUGGUUUUCUUGGCGUCGCCUCGCUUUAUGAUCACAUUACUUGUAGUUUGAUGAUGUCUUUGACAAUGUCUUUAAAGAUACUUGUCUCAGUGAAGUUCACUUUGUGACUUGUUUGUUUUUA